UAUUCCUCCACAACAUUCAACAUCAUUUGAAGUUUGAACCCCUUACAGCUGCCUAGUGUAUCAAUCAACGAUAGCAAUUGCCUAACUUGAUCAUUCUUCGUAUCAUUCAGCGUCUUCGUAUUUUCCCAAUGCAGUGCAACUUGGGAUCCAUUGUGUUAUGCGCAUCCCCAAAAACAGCGAAAGCAGUCUAUAAAUUCUGACGAUCUAUCAGAUGCCAAGCUGCACCAUCACGACACUGGCCACGAAAUAUCAACACACCAGAUUAAUCAUCCGCGUCAGCCCAUGCAGAUUUGGGAACUUGGCUUAUGAUUAAGCUUGAAGAUGCAUACAAUUCUUUAGUAUCCAAAUCCAAAACACCGGGUUAAUGCAUAUAUUUGUCCCCAAUUGCACGCAAUAUAUCGUCCGUGGAGUAUUACCUCUACAGGCCUUCAGGCCUCAAACUUGUCUGCAAUUGCAUGCCCACACUACUUACAGACCCUAUGUCUCAAACAUGGCGGAACCUCCUUCAAAACGCCGCCGUCUGAGUAGUACCAGCAGUGAAGAUAGCACCAAUGAGGACACCAACGAGGACCACACUAUGAAAAAACCCCGUAAGACACUGGCGUCACUCUCAAAUCCGAUCAGCCCUCCUGGGCGAAGAAGGCCCCACGAGCACAAGCCUAUUAUUAUACCCUCACCCAUUCAACUCACAACCAUCAGGGAUCUGCCCGAGGAGUCUAACGCCGGCGCCGUGUCACUUCACGACCUCCUCGGGGAUCCACUUAUCGCCGAGUGCUGGGAGUUCAACUACUUACACGAUGUCGACUUCCUCAUGAGACACUUUGACGAGGAUACGCGAUCUCUUGUUAAAGUUCAUAUCAUCCACGGCUUUUGGAAGAGAGAAGAUUCUAAUAGAUUAUUGUUAGAGCAACAAUCUUCCCUGUAUGGCAAUGUUACUCUGCAUUCGGCGUUCAUGCCCGAAAUGUUCGGCACACAUCACUCCAAGAUGCUCAUACUAUUCCGGCAUGAUGACACCGCCCAGGUCAUCAUACACACAGCCAACAUGAUCUCUAAGGACUGGACAAACAUGACCAAUGGCGUAUGGCAGACACCUCGACUUCCUCUUCUGAAGAGUCAAGAAAGAAGCCCCGAUGUGGUGACAGACAUGAAGCUCGGUAGCGGACCGAGGUUCAAAGCUGACCUGCUGAACUAUCUAUGGGCUUACGACACCAGACGAACAAUCUGCAAGCCCAUGAUCAAGGAGCUUGAGAAAUAUGACUUCUCUGCCGUAGUCGGCGCUCUUGUCGCCAGCAUACCCGGGAAACAUGAACUAUACGACGACGACCCUGACAAGACACACUGGGGAUGGUCCGGCAUCAAGAAUGCCCUUCGCUCCAUCCCAGUCCAGCCAGGGAAGUCGGAGGUCGCCGUCCAAAUAUCCUCUAUCGCGACCCUGGGCGGGACCGAUACCUGGCUUAAACGCACAUUAUUCACUGCGUUAUCAUCAUCCUCAUCAUCGUCAACGAAGGAAAACACAUCGAAGCCUGAAUUCAAAGUCGUAUUCCCCACGCCGGAUGAGAUACGGCGAUCCUUGGACGGCUACGGAUCCGGCGGCUCGAUACACAUGAAGACACAGUCAGCAGCGCAGGCAAAGCAGCUUCAGUACAUGAAGCCCCUUUUACAACACUGGGCGAACGACUGCGAGAUGGGAACGCUCGAAGAAGGCCCACCCCACAACAGCGGCCGCAACCGCGCCGCGCCCCACAUCAAGACCUACAUCCGGUACCACACCUCCUCCUCCUCCUCCUCCACCUCCAACAUCUCAAGCCCCAAGCAAUCGAUCGACUGGGCCCUCCUCACCUCGGCCAACAUGUCGAGGCAAGCGUGGGGCGAGGCCCCCAACGGCGCCGGACAGCUGCGCAUCGCGUCGUGGGAGGUCGGCGUCUUGCUCUGGCCUGCACUGUUCGGUGACGGCGACAGUGCGGGCAUGGUCGCUGUCUUUGGCACCGACGUCCCCGAGGCGAAGGAGGAUGAGGACGACGACGGAGAGAAGGGGGUCGAUCGUGCUCCAGGUAGUAGUAGUAGUAGUCGUCGUCGAACCCUCGUCGGGAUUAGGGUCCCGUAUAGCCUCCCCCUGCAGAAGUACGCAGACACCGAGGGCCCGUGGGUGGCGACCGCGAGUUAUACCGAGCCUGACUGCCUGGGACAGGUUUGGGGGGGUUACUAGAACGAGGUACUUAGGGUAGGCCUGGCAAGCUUAAAAUUGGGUUAUUGCCCUUGUGGAUGGCGAUUAUAGUCUGAAGGGCUUGGGUGUAUACUGACCUAUUUAGGUAGUAAACAUCGCAUAUCGGAGGAUGAUUAGUGCCAGGAGGUACCGACUCAUCGGCCUGGCAGAACUAAUAUAUCCAAGUACUGCUGCGUACCUACCCAGGUAUUUACUACUGUCGUCCCAACUCAACGUCUACGUAGCAUAUAGCACACAUCCAAAGCCAUUCUCAAUCUCGGCCAAA